GCUCUGACUGAACAACAGCGGCACGAGAGCACGCGCAUUCCACAGCAGCCUCUCGAGCAUCGUUUGUUUUCCUUGUCAAGAAACCCGCAAACAGAAAACUGAGUGGGAAGAUAUCGAGGAAAAGUGGGAAAACGUCGUUUUUCAAUGCACUUUCGCAGCUUUGCCGGUUUGUUUACAUAGUACUUCGGACAUUUAAUCACUGUCGGACAUGACGCAGUCCUACAGUCAGCGUUCUCUCGUGGUCCUCGCGUUUUUAGGGAUUUCGUCCGCAAUCAUGUCCGUCUUGUCCGUCAUUUUGAUCUUCCAGCUCCAAACGCAACAGGCUGUUAUAAAGGAUUCGUCUCCUUUAGGGUCGAGUGAGAUCACGGCUGUAUUAAAGCCCGUGUCCACGGUCCUCUCAGCCUUGUCACUGACACUCAACUUGAGCUCUGUUGUUGUGUGUUUGCUUCACAGCUAUUUCGCUACUGAAAUAUGCCGAGGAGAACCAGAUACACAAAGGGCCGACUGGUUUCUACUGGAUAGCAGGGUUGUCCGCCAUGUGACAAUUGGACUGUUUUGCCUUGGAGUUUCAGUUUACUUAGCUGCUAUGUCUAUUUACAUGUUACUGGUGUUUGAAGUUGAGACGGGCGUAGCCAGCGUGUGCGUGCUUUCCUCCGGUGUUCUCGUCCUGCUACUUAUCGUUAUUCACUCCUCAAUACGCGCCGCACAUACAGCCAAACACUUCCACAAUGAACAAGCCCACACCAUGUACCACAGCAACCCUGAAAACAUCGCUGGCAUCCAUACGUUGAAUCUAAGCGCUGCGGAAAAGCCAAGGAGGCAGCACAGCUUAGCCAACCUGCACAGCCAUUUCAUCAACCCCGCUCACAUGGAUCCUAAACCGCAGUACUCGGCAUCUAACGGCCCUCGCAGUGAUAAGGACGGCUACAGUAGCGGUGGGAGCAGACGGACGCACCGGACACUUUCGACAGAGUCCGGCCUGUUUCAAGCACAGACCAAACCCUGGAACGGAGUCAACAGUGAGAUGAGAUCUGUACUUGCUAGAAAAGCCACGAUCAAGGACUCAACUUUAGUAUGAAUGGUACCACGCAUCUAGUUUGAUGUUAAGAUGGGCAUUAUAUAAAAAAUAUGUACUAUACAUAUAUAUAUACAUACAUACAGUGUAUUCACCUAGACACUGGUGGAAUAAUUCAGAUUUUUUUUUUUUUUUUGAAAGAAGUCUAUUAUGUUCUGUAAGCCUGCUUUCUUUUUUGCCGAACAUUUUUUAAACGUUAACAUUGUGUAAUAUUACUACAGUUUAAAUAAUAGAUUUCUGUAGGAUCAUGUGACACUGAAGACAAAUUCAGCUUUGCAUCACAGAUAUCUUAAAAUAGAAAAUAGUUCUUUCAAAUUGAAGAAGUAUUUCACAAUGUACUGCUUUUUCAUCAGAUUAUAACAUCUUAUUUACAUGACAUUUAAAGCAAAAUUUGUAAACAUGUAUUUUUCGUACACCUAAUAUCAACUUACAGGACAGGUGUUAGAAAUCAGACUAAUUGUUAAAAUGUGAAAUUACUACUGAAAUACUUGAGAAUUUUUGUGUAGCUGUAGGAUAGUGAAUUGUUCUCUUUUUUUUUACUAGAAAGACAUAUUUUGGAGCAGAAUAAUACAACUAUAAAGGUUAGGAAAAUGGCAUAAUGGAAUAACUUAUAGGAGAAGCUGAUCUGAAUCGGCAUUUAAAAUUUCUGUCAUAAUAAUAAAAAUAAUUACUGAAA